AUGUGGAUGGAGACAUACAACCUCGUGUAUGGUCGCAGCCACAACCCACAUGGACUACAUUUGACCCCUGGCGGCUCCAGUGGCGGCACGGCUGCGCUGGUGGCGGCCCUUGGGGCGCCGGUAGGCCUCACUGCAGACAUCGGUGGAUCGACGCGCAUACCCGCCCUCUUCAAUGGACUGUUCGGACACAAGCCCACCGGCGGCAUCCUUCCAAACACGAGGACGCACCUCAACGAGUUCCACGGAGCGGUUUGUCGCAUCUGCCAGCUGGGCAUGGUCUGCCGCCAUGCUGAUGACAUGCUGCCUCUGCUGAAGAUUAUGUCUGGGCUGCCAGACAGCACGGAGGACCCUCUCGUCCACGAGUAUCGCUCGCCACCUUCUUGGGGGCUCCCCAAGCUUGGGCCCCUUCGAGUGGGAUCUCUGCGCUUUCGAGGCGGCUGGCCGGGAUCCGCUCAGGAGUUGCUGCUCUCCGGGAUCUCGGCCCCUCAAAGGGAAGCCCAAGCGGCCGCAGUCUCGGCGCUGCGCCAGGAGGGCUGCGAAAUCGAAGAGAUCUUCCUGGAAGACCUGGCUGUGGGCGAGUGGUUCGGAUGCUGGUCGACUCGUAUCCAAGCCGCCGGCGGAGCAGCGUUCCGGGAGGUGCUGUGCCAGAAGGGCCCGCUCUUCGGUCUGGGUGAGCUCCUGCGCUAUGCCGUCGGCCGCUCCCCCUUCACUUUUCCAGCCCUGAUGCUAGCUUUCCUCGAGGAUUGGGUACAAUUGGUGGAGCCUCCGUUGGAGAAGCGCCUUCGAAUAUCUGCGGAGGUUGAAGCCCAAUUGCGGGAGGUCCUGACGCGCUGUCAGGUUCUGUUGAUGCCGACGCUUCCUCGCCAUGGCUGCCUUCAUGAUGAGCUUACCGUGAGAGUCUUCGACAGCAGCUUCACUGGGAUUUGGAACGCACUGGAGUUCCCGGCCACAGCGGUGCCCAUGGGGCUUUCUGCUGGCAAGCCGGUGGGCGUGCAGAUCGUUUCGCUUCCAGGCAAAGACGAGCUGACCCUGGCAGUCGCCUCGCUGCUGGCCAACCUUGGUGUUGCCCGGUGUAUCCCUCCUGGCAUCUCGUUAACAUCCUCGCUAAUUACGUAG